AGAGGAUGGUUUCUGAUCUACAGUGCCCAGGCUUCUGCUUCCCUGGCUCAGAUAGGAGCCAAGAAGAAAAGGGAAGAGCAUUCAGCAGCAGAAAGUGCCAAGCGUGUCCCCGCUCCUGUACUCAUUGAGCCAGGGAUCAGAUCCCAGCGUGGGAUCAGAGCUGCUGCACCACUGAAUUCCCUCCUGAAACGCAGGCUUUCAAGGGCUGUGAGCUCAGAGACUAAAAGGAGUUGUGUAACUCUCGGCAUGAACAUAAAGAACUUAUCUUUGUUGCAGUUGCCUUCUCCCACUUGAGCAAAUGGGAAAGUGAACUUUUCUGUUGGGAAUGCGCCCAAGGAUGAAGCUGGCAAACCCACAGCAGGAAAGUGGGAAUGCUCUGUGCAUGCAGCCAUAGUUCAGGACAAGCUGUCUGCAUCCCUCUGUGACCAGCUCUUCAGUUUAAAGACUGACUCCUUCCAUCCCCUCCUCUUCCCCUACAAGAAAUGUUUCCUUCCCCAUUUCUUUGAAUAGCUAAGCCAUGCAACAGCAACGCUAUUGAAACCCAGUCUACUGAAUAACAACUUAAUGAUGGCACCCCUGUUCUAUUCCUUUUGAAUGGCUGCUUCAGCAGGAUCUGCUCCCUGCUGGGAGGGAGGUGAGGGUGGAGAAACCUGGAUUGAAGCUGAAUGGCAACCCCAGUGCUGGAAAACUGAACCAGACGGCAAGAAUGAGGUCAAUGCUGCGAGGCUAAAACCAGGAGACAUUCAAUGCAGCUAAGCUAAGUUCAAGAUCUAACGGCAAGCACUUGGGGGUGCGUAUUAACAAAUGCUUGGAGUCCUCUGUUAGCUCCACUAGUGCUAAUUCCUGCUGUUCUGCAUGGAGCUGUGUUUAAUUGGCAUGCUGAAGCAUGAUGCUGCGUGGCAGAGGUUAAGGAAAUAACACUGGCAUCAGAUCUUCACUGUUUGCUUUCGAAUUGGUGCACCUUGGAAUAGAUGCGAGAAGAAGACUUUGUGCUGGGUAAAGCUGCCUUGGAAAGCCAUGGCUGCCGCCCCUCAUCUCAACUCAGAUGCACUCCGAGAGGUCCUGGAGUGCCCCAUUUGCAUGGAGUCCUUCACUGAGGAGCACCUGAGACCCAAGCUCUUACACUGCGGGCACACCAUCUGCAAACAGUGCUUGGAGAAGCUCCUGGCAAACAGCAUUAAUGGGAUCCGGUGCCCUUUCUGCAGCAAAAUCACACGGAUCACAAGCUUAGCUCAGAUGACUGACAACCUGACUGUGCUGAAAAUCAUAGACACCACUGGACUGGGGGAAGCAGUGGGUCUUCUCAUGUGCAAGGUCUGUGGGAGAAGGUUGCCAAGACACUUCUGCAAGAGCUGCAGCUUGGUUUUAUGUGAGCCCUGCAAGGAGUCAUCACACAUGCCUCAAGGACAUAGAGUUGUUGCUAUCAAAGAGGCUGCUGAAGAGCGUAGGAGGGAAUUUGGGACAAGGCUUGCCAGACUUCGGGAGCUCAUGGGUGAUCUGCAGAAAAGAAAAGCAUCUCUGGAGGGUGUUUCAAGAGACCUGCAGUCUAGAUACAAAGCAGUUCUGCAAGAUUACAGCAAAGAAGAGCGCAAGAUCCAGGAGGAACUGGUCAGGUCACGCAAGUUCUUCACCAGCUCUUUGUCAGAAGUGGAGAAGGUAAAUAAUCAGGUCAUGGAGGAGCAAGCUUAUCUGCUGAACUUAGCAGAAGUGCGGAUCAUGUCUUGCUGUGACUAUUUCCUUGCCAAAAUCAAGCAGGGAGAUAUAGCCCUCUUAGAGGAGGCAACAGAUGAGGAAGAACCAGACCUGACAAACAGUCUUCCAAGGGAGCUGACUCUUCAAGAGGUUGAACUCCUGAAGGUGAGCCAUGUGGGACCACUGCAGAUUGGGCAGGUGGUGAAGAAGCCCCGCACUGUUAAUGUGGAGGAAUCCCUCAUGGAAACUGCAGCAUCCUCAUCGGCAUCAUUCAGGGAGCCUGAGUUGGUGCAAGAGGAGCCCAGCUGCACACCCACUUCCUCCCCAGCCAAGCCAAGGAUGCCUGAAGCAGCCACGAGCAUCCAGCAGUGUAACUUCAUCAGGAAGAUGGGCUCCAAGGGCAGCCUGCCAGGGAUGUUUAAUCUCCCUGUCAGCCUCCACGUCACCUUGCAGGGCGAGGUGCUUGUUGCAGACAGAGGCAACUUCCGAAUACAGGUUUUUACCCGCAAGGGCUUCCUAAAGGAGAUCCGCCGCAGCCCCAGUGGAAUCGACAGCUUUGUUUUGAGUUUCCUUGGAGCAGACUUACCCAAUUUGACACCCCUUUCUGUCACCAUGAACUGCCACGGCCUCAUAGGUGUCACUGACAGCUAUGAUAACUCUUUCAAGGUCUACACCAUGGAUGGCCAUUGCGUGGCAUGUCACCGGAGCCAGCUGAGCAAGCCCUGGGGCAUCGCUGCUCUGCCUUCGGGCCAGUUCGUAGUGACUGAUGUGGAAGGAGGCAAACUCUGGUGUUUCACAGUGGACCGUGGCGUGGGGGUAGUGAAGUACAGUUGCUUAUGUAGUGCAGUGCGCCCCAAGUUUGUCACCUGUGAUGCUGAAGGGACCAUAUACUUUACCCAAGGGCUAGGGCUUAACCUGGAGAACCGGCAGUAUGAGCACCAUUUAGAAGGAGGCUUUUCAAUUGGCUCUGUUGGCCCUGAUGGGCAGCUGGGACGCCAGAUUAGCCACUUCUUCUCCGAGAAUGAGGAUUUCAGGUGUAUUGCUGGGAUGUGCGUGGAUGCCAGGGGAGACCUCAUUGUUGCUGACAGCAGCCGUAAAGAAAUCCUGCAUUUUCCUAAAGGAGGGGGCUAUAACAUCUUAAUCCGGGAAGGACUCAUCUGCCCAGUUGGUAUUGCCAUUACUCCCAAAGGGCAGCUGCUGGUGCUGGACUGUUGGGAUCAUUGCAUUAAGAUCUACAGCUACCACCUGAGAAGAUAUUCCACCCCUUAAAGGCAUGUCUCUAAGCAGAGAUUCUUCCAGCCUCAUUGCAAUCUGACAGGAACCAACGUCAAGCAUUCAGAAAGAUGGUGCCAUAACCAAAGGGGGGUCAACAUAGAAGCCGCUGUGUUUUGUGUUUAGAAACAAAAUAGCUUAUGUGGUGGUGGUCUGCUUUUUCUUCUUCUUUUUUAUAUAUAAAAUCCAUACAAUAAAAAAAGAACAAGUGCCAAGGGAAAGGAUCCAUCCUGGAGUAUUGGUUUCUUGUUAAAUGACUGGUCACUCCAUAAACCUUCUCACCUCCUUACGCCACAUCACCUACACUUCCAGCUUCAGCGUUGUAUCUUUGUGCCAUAAACACUGACUGCUCUAAAUCACCUUCCCUGAGAGAACCAGAGAGGCAAUCCUUGCUGUGGAACUUGCAAGGAACUGGGUAACAGUUGUCUGGGCAGCUACUUGGGAAAGCAGUUUCUGAUUGCAGCACUGCAUCAACUGAAAUAGCCCUAUUAAACUGCGUGGAGAUGGAGCUGUGCUUUCAGAGUGACGAGGGAGGGGCUUCCCUCUCUGGUUUUUGUGUAUUCAGGAGAUCACCCCUGUGGUGGCGUUGGUGAACUGUGUCUGUUCAACAUCAAGUGAGUAGUGGGCAAUCGUGGGAGGUUGAGCUGAGCCACAGAACUGCCCUCUCUGAUGGCAACAGGGUUUUUAUUACUACUGAGAGUUCUGUUAGGUAGAAGGGGAUAAAAAGGGAGGGGGCUAGAGGAAAAAAAUAUAAGGGGGGAGGGAGCCUAUGGUUGAUAUUUACUGUUUUAUUGUUAAAUGUAUCCUGGAAACUGGCUUUGGAAGGUAUGUCUGGUAUCUAAAGCUUUAUUGGGAGGUGGGGAGAAAGGGCUGGGGAAAUAAGUCUGUAGUAAAUGAGAUUCAAUGCAACAUAUUGUACAUUCACCUGCACUUCAUUAUUCUGCAUUCCAGACUCUUCCAUUUAGCAGUAGGCUUCCACUCAUCUGCACUUUGUACCUGCAAGCUGCUCACUGCCAAGAUGGGGGGGGGGGGGCUCUUUCUUUAAUACUUGGAACUGCAUCCAUUGAUGCACUACUUUUUUCCCCUCCUUGCACAGCAAAACACUACAUUCCUCACAUACAUUUUGUUACAGCACCAGCAGGCUCCAGAGUUCAUGUUCAUCACGGCUUUGGGCCAAAUGAAGCACAAAACUGCAGCUGUGUGAACCAAGGCCCCCACAGUGCUACUCUCCUGGCUGAUAAAUGUGUACCUCAGUGUGGUGCUGCUUGCCCAGAAUAGCUUAUUGAAGGAAAGAUGCAUUUAAAUAGGGCACAGUGGUAGCAUGUUAAUCUGCCACAGAUAAUAGUUACACUGCAGCGUGUUUAUUUGUUGCUAUCAACAAUGUAGUUGCAAAUUUGGGGGCAUGACAAACAAUCUUAAAAGCUGAUUUUAUGGUGGCUGCCAUGCUACAGCAAAUUGUUUGCUACUUGUGCUACAACAUGGAUGCAACAAGUGAUUUUUUUUAAGCUCCCAUAUACUUUCCCCUAAUGAAAGAGCAAAGUUAAAUCGCCUUCAGAGCCCCUGCAAGCUCCAGCCUGUUGUUUGGCACUUACAGGGUUUGUAGGAGUGCUGGGAGCAGAUUUUACUGAGAUUUUCUUUCCCUGUUCUGCUCAGCCAAAAAGCACUGAAGAGGCCCAGCACAACACACACCCAGCUGAUGGAGGUGCCCUUCCAUUGGGGAAUCUUCCCAUUUCUCUUACUAUAACAGGAUAGAAAGAGGUUGUGGAGAAGGGAGCAGGAGCUAAGACACUCCCAUGGGAGAUGGUGCUGAGGGAGCCCAUGGGAACUGAACACUCCAUGCCCUACAGGGGCAGGACAAGGGGGAAUGGGUUUAAACUUAAAUAGGGGAGAUUGAGAUGAGCUCUUAGGCAGAAGUUCUUCCCUGUGAGGGUGCUGAGGCGCUGGCACAGGGUGCCCAGAGAAGCUGUG